CACAUUGUUAAAUCGUUGUUCUUGUGAUUUCUGUGCAAGUAGUUUUAAAACAAAAUGGAUUUUUUCUUUAGAAGAAUAUUCAGCAUUAAAGUUAUUUAAAGGACUACAAUAACACUAGAUAGUAUUAAUAAAACAAUUUGUGGCGGCUUACGCCUUUUCACAGGCUUCACGGAGUCUUUGCUUCUAGUUUUAUUGAUUUUACAUAUUGUUAAAAAUGAUGAUGUACACGGGAACCAGCACCGAGCAGGACACCCGCUUCAGUGACAAGGAGAAGAAGCUGAUGAAGCAGAUGAAGUUUGGAGAUUGCUUGACUCAACAGGUGGACAUGUCGAAGGUGAAACUGGAUGUGCUGAAGCCAUGGAUCACGCAGAAGAUCACUGAAAUUCUCAAGAUGGAAGAUGAUGUAGUCAUCGAUUAUGUCAACAAUCAACUUGAAGAGAAGUUCCCUUGUCCAAAGAAAAUGCAGAUUAACUUGACGGGAUUCCUGAACGGCAAGAACGCGCGGCUGUUUAUGGGCGAGCUGUGGGAGUUGUUGCUGAGCGCGCAGGCUAGCGAAAACGGCAUCCCAGACAGCUUCACGCAGCAGAAAAAAGAAGAGAUCAAGAAGAGAAUGGAGGAGCAAAAGGACAAGGAGAAGGAUCGCCGGCGGUCACGGUCACGGUCGCGCAGCCGCCGCAGGUCCCGUGAACGUCGCCGUUCGCGUACAAGGUCCCGCGAUCGCUCCAGCGAUAGGAAAAAACAUGUUAGCAGGCAUCGCAACGGCGGCAGUCCGCGCCGCUCUCGCCGCCGCAGUCGCAGCCGCAGUCACAGCCGCAGCCGCAGCCGUGACCGCAGCCCCGCCCACAACACCAGCGCCAGCGCCAGCGCCAACACCUCCAACAUUGACGACAUUAAACUACCCGACCCUAAAGAAAAUGGCAAGUCACCAGAGAAGAAAGAAGAGAAGGAGAAGGUAGAGGAUGACCACAACGAUUCUGUAGAGAAUGUAAAAGAUGACAAACCCGAGGAAGCGCCAAAGGAGGAGAAGACCGAAGAGGAUGGUCACAAAUCUAGAUCAGCUUCACCCGCUAAAUCGACCGGUGGCGGUGCUGAGAAGGAAGCUGAGGCGAAACCUCCAGAGAAAACUAGACACUCGUCGAGCGAGAGACGCUCAUCUUCGGCCUCGUCUCUAGCGGUCAACGCCGGACCACACGGGGUAUCGGCCACUAAUGGCAGCGCUAAGAAGAGAUCGUCGCACAAGAAGCGGCAGUACCGCUCCAACCGCGACUCCUCCACCAGCGUCAGCCCGCGUCGCAGCUCGCGCAGGGAAAGGAGUAAAUCUAGGCGCCGCAGUCGUCGCCGGUCCGUCGACCGCCGCGAGAGGGAGCGCGAGCGUGAGCGCGAACGCGAGAGGGAAAGAGAGAGGGAGCGUCGUCGCCGCGAGAGAGACAGGCGCGACAGGUCCCGAGAGCGUCGUCGAUCGCUCGAGAGACGUAGACGGUCACGAACGCGCUCUCGACGACGUUCAAGAGACAGGUCCCGUGAUCGCCGUCGCUCCCGCUCCCGCAAGCGUUCUCGCUCGCACCGCCGCUCCGGCAGGCGUUCCCGUGACCGCCGCUCCCGGGACCGACGCUCCAGGGAUCGCCGCUCCAGGGACAGGUCCAGGGAAAGAAAAUCGCGUGAUCGUACUAGAGACAGAAGAUCGAAGGAGAGGAAGUCUCGUGACAGAAGGUCCAGUGACAUCAUUAAAGAACGCUUGGAAAAAUCUGUGUCUAUACCAAGAAAAGAGAACUUUGAUAAACUACCGAAGCCAACUGAACGUACCUCCAUCCCACCCGAACAAACCUCGAAGGAGCAUGUUUCGAGUUCAAGUCGAGAAUCGUCGGUUGCAAAUGACAAAUCAGCUGCGAUUAAUGACAGCCGACCUAAACCAUCUCAAGUUUCGGAUGACGAGGACCGGGAAGAUUUUCUACCCAUCCCGAACACAAGGGAAUAUUCUAAGAGUUUGUCUCGUACCCCAUCACCUUACUUAAGAAAACUCGAAGUUGAAGGUAAUAAAAAAUCUGAUAGAUCCGCGGAUGACGCAUCAGGAAAAGAACAAAAUGAAGAAGAAACUAAAACGCAGGAACCUAAAAAGUCAAAGCGAAAAGCCCACCAAUCGGACAGUGAAAGCGAAACUAGUGAGGAAGUUGCUAAAGCUAAGAAUAAGCCGAAGCUUAAGCGGAAGGAGAAAACUACAUCAAAGAGAGCUAAAAAACCUAAAAAAGAAAGCUCUUCUAGUGACAGUGACUCGGAAGAUUCAUCUUCGAGUGACUCCGAAGAUGAUAGGAAGAAGAAAAGCAAGAGAAGCGCUAAAAAGAAACUAGCAAAGAAAUCUAAAAAGAAGCGCACUCGGUCUUCAAGCUCGGAAUCCAGCUCAGAAGAGGAGGUCAAACACAAGAGUUCAAAAUCAAAACAAAAGAACAUUCCAGAAGAAUCUGAUUCUGAGAAAAAGCCGAAAAAGAGGACCAAGGAAGCAAGUAUGGAUCGCUCAAAAAUUGAAAAGCUAGACAGUAAACAGUCAAAGUUGAAAAAAACUGACAAUUCAGAGGAUUCCCAUGACGAUAGUUCAGACAGUGAUGCUAAAUCUAAUAAGAAAAAAGUUGCUAAACAUGAUUCUAGUAGCUCGGAGAAAGAAAUAAAACGUAAGAAACUGGAAUCGGUGAAAGAAAAAGGCGUUUCUCCCGAAAAUAUCAAGCCUCGCAAGGGCGAGGAGAAGUCUGUCAGAGCAAAGCAUGUGGACGAAACGAAGUCCAAAUCUCGCGAUGACAAUGAAAAGAAAGGUAAAAAACGAGAGAAGGAAGAAUCUUCAUCUGAUAGUGAUCAUGUAUCGAAAAAGAAACCUAGAAAGAAAGUUUCUGAUUCCGAAUCGGAUUCUGAGAGCGAUGAACCCAAGAAAUCUAAGAAAACUAAAAAGCAUAAGAAACAUUCGAAGAAACAUAAGAAACACAAGAAACAUAAGAAAUCAUCGAAGAAGAAGGAUGAUUCUUCUGAUAGCGAGGAAGGUGAAGAGGAAGAAGAGGAAGGAAGAGUAAACAAUGAAGACCUGGAGAAGAAGUUACGCGAAAGAGCGUUGAAAUCUAUGAAGAAGCAGGCGAGUGCUUCCGGGUCCGAUUAGAAAACCUCUUUCGUAACAUUUUCGUGUAAGUUUUCAAUUUGAAUGUUUUAAUUUUACGGUAUGUAACAAUUUAAGAUACUAUGGCAUAUAAUUUACAUAAUACGUGGAUGUCUUAUUGUUAGUAAUAAAAUUUUAAACAUU